GUGGAACUCGAAAUGUGUUAUUAAGAUUAAAAAAAAGUAUUUAUCGCUCGGCCACGAACGAAUCGGUGACGCCACCGCUUUUGUUUGCUUCCUCUGUUGUAUUCCAUUUUCCCACUCCGUAACGCAGUCUAUGGCUGCUCCGUCUACGUUUGUCAAAGCUAAAGUUGUCAAUAGCUACUAAGUUUUCUUAAUUAACCACUUCAACUGAGAAAAUGGCUAAAGAUAUCAAAGGAUCUCCUCUGGCAGCCUCUUUCGAUUACGAGCUUUAUGAAGGAGAUCCUGAUCAUCUUAGAACUGUUGUUGCGGCACCUGCCCCCGCGGGUCCAUACAUUGAUCCUGCUUCAAUCAAACUUAAACAGAGGAUUGGGCGUGGAUACUUUGGUGAUGUUUGGUCAGCCACACAUCAUCAAUCAGCUACCGAUUACGAUGAGAAUCACGAAGUAGCUAUAAAAAGGUUACAUCCUAUAAAUGAGGAUCAAGUAAAGGCUUUCUUAAGUAAGUUCGAGGAGUUAUGGGUGAAUUUGAAGUCUAAACAAUUCCAAGGUGUUUGCUGGUUGCAUGGUAUCUCUGUAAUAUCUGGAAAGAUCUGUAUAGUUAUGAGAUCCUAUGAGGGGUCAGUUGGCGAUAAAAUGACUCGGCUGAAAAGAGGGAAGCUUCAGUUACCUGAUGUUCUUAGAUAUGGUAUUGAAUUGGCUAAAGUAAUACAAGAAUUGCAUUCAAUGAAUGUCCUGGUUCUGAACCUUAAGCCAACUAAUUUUCUUCUGAACGAACAUGACGAAGUGUUCCUCGGAGACUUUGGGAUACCGUAUCUUCUUCUUGGAGUUCAACCGUCUGAUUCAGAUCUAGCAUUAAGGCGUGGAACUCCAAAUUACAUGGCUCCGGAACAGUGGGAACCUGAGGUUAGAGGCCCAAUAACUUGUGAGACUGAUUCUUGGGGAUUUGGAUGUAGCAUUAUUGAGAUGUUGACUGGUGUUCAGCCCUGGUUUGGUAAAUCAGUCCAAGAUAUCUAUCGUUCAGUGGUGAUAAACCAAGAAAAGCCACAACUUCCUGGUGGCCUCCCCACUGCUAUUGAGGAUGUUCUCAAUGGCUGUUUUGAGUUUGAUUUCCGCAAUCGACCUCUGAUGGUGGACAUUUUGCAAGCAUUUGAAAGCUCGAAGAAUGCUGUUUAUAGUGAAGGAGAGUGGAGUGACAUAGGAGGAACUCUGUCUGACAAAAGCAAAACCCGUGGCUUUACCACAUGGUACCUUUCAAAAGAUCUUCUUGAAGUGGGAGAUACUAUUCGCUCCAGAAAAAUGUUCAACUCCGAAAAGUCUCAAGAUUUGGCUGUGGUGGAAGGAAGUGUUGUUGGUCUGGAGAAAGAUACUGAUCGAGACGGAUUUGUUCUGGUACGAGUCCCCAAUUUACGGAGCCCUCUUAGGGUAAAUGCAUCAACCAUAGAGAGGGUUACAUGUGGUCUGGCAGCUGGGGAUUGGGUGCGCUUGGUCAAUGAAAAUAAGAAUCAGUUCUCCGUGGGUAUCUUACAUUCUGUGCAGCGUGAUGGAAGCAUCACCGUUGGUAUUUUAGGCUUAGAAACAUUAUGGACAGGACAUUCUUCUGAUGUCGAAAAAGUUGACCCAUAUUUUCUGGGACAGUUCGUGCAAUUGAAAUCAAAUGUUGAAACUCCCCGGUUUGAAUGGCCUAAGAAAUGGGGAGGAGGAUGGGCUACUGGGAGAAUAUCACAGAUACUUCCAAACGGUUGUCUCGUUGUUCAUUUUCCAGGAAGGAUGGUAUUUGGUGACAAACCUAAUACUUUCUUGGCUGAUCCAGAUGAGGUGAUCCAAGUAUCGUUUGAUACAUGUCCGGGCAUUAUAAAAAAGUAUCAGCACCUCGAGGAUUUUCACUGGUGUAUUCGACCACUUUCUAUUGUGUUUAGCCUAUUUACAGCAGCAAAGCUCGGUAUAUCUGUAGGAAAAUGCAUUAAUGGGAAGCUGAAGAAGGAUCACCAGACGUCCAGUGAUCGUCGUACUAAGGAUGGUGAGGUUGGUGGCAAGCAGGCCUGGCUUCGACCAAAUAUACUGUUUAAAGAAGGUGCUGCUACUGCUAGAUAAUCUGUACUUAUUAUUAGUAAAAAUGAGUAAAUUUCGUAGCGUAUUUUCCAAGUUCACUAGCGCAAAACUUUGUAUUAUAUGGUUGCUGAACUUUUUAUUAUGUUGAAUAUGGGAUAGGUAUUGUACAUAUUUUGUUGAUUCAAGCUCUCCA